AUGCCAUCCAUCUCCCGCAAAUACGAGACGUCCUCCGAAACAGACUCGGAGAGCGUCCCCAUCUACACCCCUUCCAGGGGGUCAUCGCAUGCCGAUGUGCUUGAACUGGAGUCCUCCCCACUUCUUCCGGAGGAUGAGAAAUCUAGUCUCUGCCAUCAGGGCACGGAGACAUCAAAGAUGGGUGGAGUUUCUGGUGGAGAGGAUGCUGAUGCUGCAGCAGGUUCUGGGGGCGGUCGUGGGCAUUGGUGCAAGCAUCGCAGCCAUAGCGGCGCCUUGCUAAGAACUCGGCGACGACGACAUAAGCACAUCCUGGCUUUUGCUGGGUUUAAGGUGCUUAUGCUCGCUGCUGUGCUUGUGUUCUUCCUGACGACGGGGGAUUGGAAUUGGAAAUUGUCCAGCUGGCAUCCCUGGCAUCGGUGCCACCAUCAGGGACACCAUGAUACUGAACAGGCGGAUUAUUCAUCUCUGCUCAGUGAUGGGAAACGUGAAAUCGUCGUCGACAACGGCCCAAGGUCCAUCUGGGGCAACUAUCCCCUGUUGGACCUGUUAUCUCUCACUACAACUUCCGGCAGUGUCGCGAUAGCCAUCACGCCCCAACCAGCAGACCCCAAGAAACCAGAUGAACCGGCCAGAGUGCGCAUCAGGACGGGCUCUGGGAGCAUCGCCGUCUCCUUCAAGGCGCCGCAUGAUGCAGCAGUGACGGUUGGAGCGGAUAAUGAAUAUGAUGAACACGACGGACACAAUGAGGGCGAAACGCAUAAAAAGGACAAGAACAAGAACAAAGACCUCAACACCCUCCCUCACCGUCCAUACGAGAUAUACAUCCACUCCGACACGGGCUCGAUUACGGGCCGCUUCGUCUUCUCCUCCUCCGCAAGUAUCUCCACGGUUCGGGGGUCAAUCAGCGCCCUUCUCGUCCCGAUUAGGUACGACACCGACAGCGAAAAGCAACCAUCCCUACAUACAUCUACGGAACAGGGAAGCCAAAACAUCCGCUUCGCAGAACCCAUCAUUCUCCCUGUUGCUGCUUCAGAGAAGGAAGAAACCGCCGCUGUGAAUCUGAACUAUCAUAAUAUCCCUCAAGCCACACACACCAGUACCCAAGGCUCGAUUAAUAUCCAUUACCCCGAACACUGGGCGGGAGAAGUCCAUGCCAAGUCGUCGGAUGGACGGAUCUGUCUUGAUGGAAAGGGGUUGAGGGUUAAUAAGUCCGGGGACGGGUAUGCGGAUGGGUUCAAGGAGGCUGAGGAUGGUGAUGAGGGAUAUGCCUGGUGGGGAGGGAAGGGGGAUAUGAAUGUUUCUUUGGCGACGAGGGAGGGGUCGAUUGUUUUCUUUGUUGGAUAG